AUGCACCCGAGGUUAAACCGCGCGUUUGUUACUCUUUUCUUUGAGUAUAUGAAGCAGUUUACGGCAUCAUUAACGGAUGAAGAAGUCAUGACACGGACAGUCAUGGGGUCUUGGGCGGUGUAUAUCGUUCUCAUUGCUGCGCUGACGUAUGGGCAUUACACUGGUCGAUUACCGUUGGCAUCAGACUUUCUUAGACUACCGAGUGCGCUCUGCUGUUGUUUUGGCCGACGAUACAACGUACGAAAAGACUCGAUGGCGUCGACGAACCCGAUAGCGGUGACGACGCGGUCGGGCUCGUACGUUUCCAACUUAUUCACGUCGUACUGGCAUCGUGCAGAAAAAACGAUUCGCUCACGAAGACGUAGCGGCCAGAAUUAUGGUCAUUUGCCAGGUGGAAAUGCGAGCGGACCUUCUAAUGUGUUAGCUUCAGGAUCAUCAAUGCGCUAUGACUCCUACACCAAAUCUGGACCAUUUACAGUACUGGGCCGGAGCAUUCUUGCGAGUUUGUUAAUGACUGGUGCUGCUUUGUCAGCGUCACUGCUUGUUGAUGGAAAAGGUGGCGUGGAUAUGAAGCUUAUGAACAACGCUAUGUUCACGCUGCAGUCAGAGCAGUUUUUCUAUCGUCCUACGACGAUCCAUCGCGAAGAGAUCAAUUGCACCGCAGCUAGCAGCGCAUUGCGAUCGACUCUGGGUGUCAGUGAGAAGUACGAGCUGGAUGAUCUGGGAAAUGAUGACCAUUGCGCAUUGCUGUGGCGUAAGACAAUUGGUUAUGAAGGUGACAACUUAUUUGAACUCGAUCUCAAUGUGACAGCCCCUGUGACUGUAGUUCCUGAGAUAGCAGAGAAUGCAACAGAUGGACCAACAGCAGCAGCAAAACCUACAAAGGUUCAGCCCAAUAUAAUCGUGCUCAAUAUGGAAUCCUGGAAGCAUCUGGAUGUCGGUGUUCUUGGCGGUGCUGCGAAGAAAGAGACUUUUGGUAAGAGUGCGACGCCUCGAUUUGACGAGCUGGCAAAGACCGGUGUGCUCUACAGCAAGCACUACACGCCGUGCGUCCAAACUUCGCGCACACUCUUGACGACGCUAUUUGGAAUGCUGCCGUCCUGCACGGAAACUGCUGCACUCAAACAGUACAGUACGACGCUAAACGUGCGGGGACUUCCGCACUUUUUGAAAGAGCGCGGCUACUUUAACCUCUUUUGGAGUGCCGUAGACCUCACAUGGGAAUACUGGGACAAGUUCCUGCUGAAGAACGGGUUUGACAAGCUAGUGGAUGAUCGUAAGGUUCGCAAGAUGCUGCAUGAGACGCGCAACUACAAGAAUACGCCUGACGACCAUUUUUCUUGGGGCAUGCACGACCACUUGUCCUUCGAGAUGCUAUUGUACGCCAUCGAGGCGGCUCACAACGCUAGUGUGAACUCCGUUGAUGUUGCAGCAGUAUCAUCUGUGGGAUCUAACGCCGACAUUACGACGCCCACGAAUGCGACCGAAAUUGGGAGCAUGACGACCGGUUCAGAGGCUGCAGUUAGUGGCAGAUACUUCCACACCGCCAAUUCGACAUUAAACGGGAUAUCCACUGCGAAGACAUUAACCGAAAACGCGUCCACACCGGUGGCUGCCACGACGAAGCCGCCGCUUCCAGGAUGGGAAGGGCUGCAGACGCCGUAUUUUAUUGACAUGUACAGUAUUACGAGCCACAAUCCAUGGGCGCUACCGAAUUUUUAUAAUGCUCCAGACUUGUCAGGGCUGUACACGCCUUACAACAAAAAGUAUCUGGACUCGAUGCGCUUUUCUGAUGAGAUGCUAGGCGACUUCAUUACAGCACUGCGUGCGAAGGGGCUGAUGAAAAAUACAAUUGUGAUCAUUGAGGGAGACCACGGUUAUGGUCGUCUCGAACAUGACAACAAUCCGUCGAUUAUAGACUCGGGUGUGUGGGAUGAAGCUUCCAAAGUGCCGUUCCUUUUGCUUGCCGAUGACUUUAUCCGUGAGGAGGACAAGGGAAUGGUGGUAAGCCAACUGUCGAUGCAAUCAGACCUUAUGGCCACAAUUGCCGAUAUCCUUGGUGUCACUCCAGAUGAGCCGCUCUACCAGCACGGCUACGGCCACUCUAUGAAGCGUCGUCAAUUUCAAUCGGAGGCUCAAAGAGAAGCGCAGGUACUGGCUAGCAGGACUCAGGCCAAGGACACAAAGCUGAAAGACUCGGAGGCCGAAGCUGUGGCAGCUGAAGCUCGGGAAAGUCUCCAGGAGCGCCGUGUCGUUUUGUGCAACCCGUUCAAUGGAAUGACCAAGGGCGUGCGCACUGAAGAGCUCAAGUACAUUUUUCACCCUGACGGAUCCUACAACGUGUUUGAGCCUGCGAUCGAUUCUACUGAGAAGAAACCGCUGCGGACAGGUUUUGACAUUGAAGAAAUGGACGAUGCCACGCGUAACGUGUUUGAAUAUGUAACAAAGGCGGUGGACCUGAACCAGUUCCUUUUUGAAGCCAACCGGUUUAUGACUCCGCUGGCAACACGACCAGUCGAGACAGCCACCCGCGUCCACUUUGGUUCAAUAAACACCACAAUAUCCAAUGAGGUCGAGCUAAAGCAGCCGCGCGGUCCGCCUGCACCCGGUAACUCGUAG